AUGUCUGUGCUGCUCUUAGCUCUGUCGAACCCCUGCUCAAAUUCAUCACCACACCACAUGGAUGGAAGGUGCCCGCUGAGGGGAUUUGGAGGAAGCACACACUCCAGGUUUGCGACAAGACUGAGAACGAGGAAGGGACCACUGCAGGGCAAGGCAGGAAAGGGCGAGCGGAUGCCACCUGCAAGACAACACCAUACAGGUGCCUUAUGGCAACCCAUCUGCUAUCGGGCCUUAACGGGCACCUAA